UCUCGCUGCCCCAACAUGGCGGACUUUGACACCAUUUACGAGUUAGAAGACGACGACGAAGACGAGCGCGUCGUCAUCGAGGAGCACUUGUCCAGAUACUGCCCGGAACCGGUUGUAAUGCGCGGAGCCGGACACAUCACAGUGUUUGGGCUGAGCAACAGAUUUGAUACAGAGUUCCCAUCCAUUCUCACGGGAAAGGUGGCGCCGGAAGAGUUCCGCACCAGCGUGAGUCGCGUCAACGCCUGCCUGAGGAAGAACGUGCCCGUCAAUGUCAAGUGGCUGCUGUGCGGGUGUCUGUGCUGCUGCUGCACGGCCGGAUGCAGCUUGUGGCCCGUCAUAUGCCUCAACAAGAGGACAAGAAGGUCCAUUCACAAGCUGUUAGAAUGGGAGAACAACAGAUUGUACCACAAGCUGGGCCUGCACUGGAAGCUGAGCAAAAGAAAAUGUGAGAGCAGCAACAUGAUGGAAUAUGUGAUUCUUAUAGAAUUCUUACCCAAGUAUCCAAUACUGAGACCAGACUGAGGAUGCAGCCUGCACCCCUUUUUCCUCUUCAGUGCCUUGCCGGAAUGAAAAAAAAUUGAUCGACGACUCCCCAACCCCAGUGCAGCUGUACGUGGAACUCGUGCCACACUGUCACUUUGCUUUUGGGCGCAUUUUGCACAGCCAACGAGACAAGACGCCCCCCUUGUUGCACUCCAGUUUAUUUUUAUUUUUGCAGGGGGUGGGGGUCAAGAACUCGUGAAUUGAAUUUAUAGACCCGGAGGAAGACGUUACGGCCUUAUAUUAAAAUGUUUUUUUGGUUGUAAAAUGGAAGGUUAAUUCAUUGCUGCGCUGGCUUUUCUCUGUUCCACGUCUUGGCAAGUCUCCUUCCCUCUUUGUAAAUACUGUUAACAUCAAAUGUCCAUUGUUUACAUAUUAGCAGUUUAGUUGUUGUUGCCAAUUAAUUGCUGUACUAUAGUUUUUCUAGUUCGUAUGGACCUGUUUAACUUGUAAGCCAUAUACAGUAUAUGUAGUUCAAGAGAAUCUUAUAUGCGUCACAGUGUUGAAGCUGUCGUGUUUGCCAACAAGGAAGAUUGGAACCCUGUAUUUGUGUCAUCGUUUUUGUUGAGUUUACAGGUGUCAAACUCAAGGCUGAGGCCAGAUAAAACUAAAGUCAAUAGUUAGUUGGGUUUUUUUUCAUGCUAAAUGGAUUUGCUCUUUUUAUUUUAGCAGAAAAUCUUUUCCAAACGUUAUUUCACCUCAACUGUACAUUGAUUUCUGAUUUAAAAUUAAAUCUGUUGUUAACAAUUACAUGCAUGGGCAAUUUUGUAUCUGUAAUAAUAUGGUUCAGUGAUUUAAACAUUUACAGUAUAUGGUUUUCACUUGGUUUGGGGAAAAGGGGGGGCGGUCCAUAUCCAUGAGAAUUUAAACUGGGGAAUUUUGUAUUCAGUAUUCCAAAUUAGAAACUUUCCAUGGAAAUUCACUGGGAAUUGAGUGUAAUAUAAUGGAACUGGAUCAAGCAUACACCUGUUUUUGUCAUAAGCAGACGUCAUGCAAAUUAGAUCGCUCUCUUUGCCCACAUGUGAGGGCAUUACAUGACCUUAAUUGCUAAAUUCUACUCGAAUGGUGGCAUAUCCAAGCCUGUUCACAUCUCAAAUUUUCACUCACAACACACACAAUCAACCAAGUGAGUCAUAACGGCAUUCUGAAGGAAACCAUAACUAUGAUGUGGCCCACGGUUAAAAUGAGUUUGACACCCCUGAUUUAAUUUCAUCCCAACGUGCUGUUAUUUGGCCUCUGUUAUUAAGAUAGAAGAGCAGAUGGUUCCUUUCUGUUUCUUUCUUCCAAAGCUGCAUCCAUUUGUACUAACUAGAGUGCCUUUCCCAUAGCUGAACCACAGAACCCUGCAGGCUGAAAUUUUGUCCUGUUACCAUUUCUUCUUUUGUUUGUCCACAUUAACAAAAUUCUCUCUCUCUCCCUCUCUCCCACACAACCAAAUAAAAACUAAGUUGGAAUUUUCA